UUCGAAGUAACGUAACAUGAGCACCAUCUUCAAAACUUCUCGGGAUCCGGAGUUUUUCGAUAAAAGGUCCCAUCCUUCAAUAUCAUGAUUGGGUCAACCAGGCCAGAUCAUAAGUGAAAUAGUUUGAUCGGGUCGACCAGGUCAGGCCCGAUCAUGAGUGAAUAGAAAAUCGAAAACGUACAUAGCUGUUCCAGCGGAAAUACUUUGUUUAAUUCUACCACUUCUACUAGGAGUAGCCUUUUUAGUGCUAGCUGAACGUAAAGUAAUGGCUUUUGUGCAACGUCGAAAGGGUCCUGAUGUAGUGGGAUCGUUCGGAUUGUUACAACCUCUAGCAGAUGGUUUGAAAUUGAUUCUAAAAGAACCUAUUUCACCAAGUAGUGCUAAUUUCUCCCUUUUUAGAAUGGCUCCAGUGGCUACAUUUAUGUUAAGUCUGGUCGCUUGGGCCGUUGUACCUUUUGAUUAUGGUAUGGUAUUGUCAGAUCCGAACAUAGGGCUACUUUAUUUGUUUGCCAUAUCUUCGCUAGGUGUUUAUGGAAUAAUUAUAGCAGGUUGGUCUAGUAAGACGGGGGGCGGCCGUUCGGUCGCCUAUGAUAUACGGACCAAUUGGUCAAAAAUGGGUUUGUGCCGCAGGUGUUGAACGAUCUACUCUACACAGGUGUGGGCUUACAGGGCUAGGGCUCAUAAACCCUUUCUUUCAUUCAUCAAGGGGUCGGUCACUUUUCCGGGCCGGGAUCGA